GGGCUGUGGUGACUGGACGUUUCCGUACCUAGAGGUGGUACCUGACCGUUCUGGACGACGGCGAUGAGGUCCAUUUCGCAGAGCAGGAGCUGCUGCGGAAGAGAAUAUAAUGAGAAGGAAGGCACGAGAGUGAGAGACGCUGGAUUGUGAAACAAACACACGGCAAGAGCAAGGUUGGACAGUAGUACCUGCCGUACUUGGGGUUUGAGCGGUUGCUGUUUACAUGACGACACGUCCACAACAACAACAACAACAUCACAACACCCGUUCGUGGUAAGAACAGCCGACGCUGCACUUCCCUCGCCCUCGCCGUCGUCUGCUGCCAUACCGUCCGCUGCAACACCGCCCCGCCCCCUCCCCUCCCCCCACCCCGACUCCCUCGCGCUCGACUACCUACCUACUUCCACUCCGCCUUGACGGGACGACACUGGACGGGACGGAACUGCGCUGUGCUGUGCUGUCGGUCUGUUGAGCCGCCACCGGUGACUCGCCAUUUGCACCUGAUUGACGCUCGCCGGGUGCAUCGAUCAGGCCAGCGUGUCCUGAUGGCGCCCUCCACGCCGCUCGACUUCACGCUGCCUACGCCGCCCCCGCCGCUGCACACUCGCGCGAGCAACGACCGAACCAAUACGACUUCUCACGAUGCCGACGGCGCCGCGAACGAGGCCUUCAUAUCCCCCCCUCAGACGCCUCAAGGCAGCCCGAGCAAGAACAAGCUGCCUCCUGGCGCCAUUGACUUGCCGCAUGUCUUCCACAAUGCGAUGAAGCUGCUGCCCACCCAGGGCCAGUCACAGCACCCCAAUCUCCAACACCAGCAACAGUACGCAGAUGCCAUCGGGGCUGAUGUCAAGGCGGGCCCGCCGGGCAGUCCACCGCGCAAGACGGGCAAGGAGAACACGCCACCCAGCCACCGUCCCCAGCUGCAGCAAACGCAGAGUUUCGUCAACCAGGCUGCUGCUAGCAGACAGGAGCCAUAUCGACAGCGCGACGACCCCUCUCCCACUCACGCGAGCAGAGCUCUGGCUGGAGGUCUCACAUCGGAGGACUUGGAGAAGCUCCAGAAGCCCAGCGUUAAGAGACUGGCCAAUGUCACGCAGCUGUACUUCCUUGAUUACUACUACGAUCUGCUGUCGUACAUCCACAACCGCCAGAAGCGUCUCCAGACAUUCAAAGACCACAAUCCUGUGCCAGGUCCAUCCGAUCCUGCUGCCAAUACCGAUAGCUACAACGAGCUGUGGAAGCAAUAUCUCGGCCAUGAGCGCGCGAACCUGCGCCAGCGCAGGACGCGCUUGCGCCACGGCGACUUUCAAAUUCUGACUCAGAUCGGACAGGGCGGCUAUGGUCAGGUGUAUCUGGCAUCAAAAAAGGACACUCGCGAGAUAUGUGCAUUAAAGGUCAUGAGCAAGAAGCUGCUGUUCAAGUUGGAUGAAGUGCGACAUGUGCUCACGGAGCGUGACAUUCUCACCAACGCCAAGAGCGAGUGGUUGACUCGUUUACUCUACUCUUUCCAAGACGACAGCAGCAUUUAUCUCGCGAUGGAAUACGUACCUGGUGGCGACUUCCGGACCCUUCUGAACAAUACAGGCGUCUUGCACAACCGCCAUGCCCGCUUCUACAUAUCAGAAAUGUUCCUCUGUGUUGAUGCUCUGCAUCAGCUUGGAUACAUCCAUCGCGAUUUGAAACCAGAAAAUUUCUUGAUUGACGGCACUGGCCAUGUGAAGCUCACAGACUUUGGCCUCGCCGCUGGCUUCCUCGCACCCGCCAAGAUUGAAAGCAUGCGAGUACGGCUUGAGGAGGCAGGCAAUAUUCCCGCUCAUGCAAUUCCUUUUGGCAGACCCAUGGAGGAGCGUUCCCUCAAAGAGCGUCGCGAAGGCUAUCGCUCGCUGCGUGAGCGCGACGUGAACUAUGCCAAGUCCAUUGUCGGUUCGCCUGACUACAUGGCGCCAGAAGUGUUGAAGGGAGAUGAAUACGACUCCACGGUCGACUACUGGUCGUUGGGCUGCAUGCUCUUCGAGGCCCUUGCCGGGUACCCGCCCUUUGCAGGCGCCUCAGUCGACGAAACGUGGCAAAACCUGAAGCGCUGGCAGCAUGUUUUGAGAAAGCCAGAAUACGAAGACCCCAACUACUUCCUGUCGCGGCGGACAUGGGAUCUCAUCACGAGGCUCAUCACAGGGAAACAGAACAGGCUUCGUGGCAUCAAGCAAGUCCAGAGCCAUGACUACUUCCGCGAAGUGGCUUGGGACCGCUUGCGCCAGGAGCGUGCGCCUUUUGUGCCGGAGCUUGAUUCGGACACGGAUGCAGGCUAUUUUGAUGACUUUGGGAGCGAAAAGGACAUGGCUAAGUACAAGGAAGUGCUCGAGAAGCAAGAAGCAUUGGAGCGCAUGGCGGACCGAGGUGGGGAGAUGGGCCGCUCAUUGUUUGUGGGCUUCACUUUCAGGCAUCGCAAGCCAGCGACCGACGACAAUGGACUACCAAGCAGCCCGCGCAAGCCGCUGGCGGAGAUUGAUGAGAACUUUGGCACAAUGUUUUGAAAUGGCCCUAACAGGACAAGGGCUGACGCUACGCUUCUUGCGCACAGGAUGCAGCUAAUAGGGAAUAUCAUGGUAACAGACUGGUAUGCUGCGCCUUGUUAGCAUGGUCGCCUUGGUUACAACAACAGGAGCAAGGCAAUGGCAUGAUAUGACAUUACAUGUCCAGACGGUGGUGAUGACUGGCUUACUCGUGAUGCAGAGCGUUGUCGUGUGUAGCAUCAAUCAGUACUAAGUACCUACAAGGUUCGUUGCUAGAGCCUGGAGAGGGCACAAUAUGCACGACACGUAAUUGAACAAGCUCCAGUCGAGCAUGAAUACGUUAUGUGUUGUGGAUGAUACCAAAGAUACAACACAUCAUCAACGACCUGCGAGCUUCUCCGCCUGCGUGAAGAUCCACUCCCGUGCAUUGAUGCCAUCUUCGUCUUCGUCGCCGGCUUCUGGCACUCCGGUCCCUUUGAGAGUUUUGAGCUUGCAUUCGUCUAUAGGUCGAACGAAGUAGACAAUGCUGUAG